CCGUGAUCGAGGCAGUGCCGGGGGGCUGUAGGACGGAUCAUGAAUACUAAACACGAAGGAACACCCUUUGAAAAUCUGAAUCCUUUUCCAGCAGCCGCCUCAGGCAUAAGUAAACACAAACCCUGCAAAUGCCAACACGCCCCUUCUCUGUAUCCACUCCCUCUCCAAUUCGUGCCACGUCAGGAACUUGUCGGGAGUACUACGACCUUUAUCUCAUUCUGACAAACGUGAGCACAAGAGCUGCCGAGAGCCCAGGGAUUGUAGCUGCCCAUUCGCGCCUUUCCAGUCAACCUACUUUCACCAUUUGAACUCAAAUGCUCCGAAAUCGCGUUUGGCAUUUUCUGUCGCCUCGGGUUCAGAUUAUGAGAAUAAAUAAUGAGAAGUUUGUGCCGACGGCUCUCUCUCCUUGCUUCCGCUAGUAUCGUGCUAACCACGUACCUGACUGUGCGAGAGUUCUUCUUGUUCAGCCACUCCUUCACCUCGCAGCAGGAAAGAGUCGGGGGCAGGAACUCGAAGCCAACGGCGACUGUGCUCAUCUGGUGGCAUCCGUUCGGCAAGAGAACCGAGAUCAAGAACUGCGGCACUCUCUACAACAUCCACAGCUGUCAGUUGACAACAGACCGACGGCGCUAUGUCCUCUCGCAGGCUGUAAUCAUACAUCACCGGGAUUUGGAAAGUCGUUUGGAUCAACUUCCCUCGGGACGGAGACCCAUAGCUCAGAGAUGGAUCUGGAUGAAUUUCGAGUCCCCGACUCACUCUUACCAGCUUGAACAGCUGAACGGUAUCUUCAACUGGACCAUGACUUACAGGCGCGAGUCUGACAUCUUCGUCCCUUACGGAUACCUCUAUCCCAGAAAGAAAAAGCGACAGAUAGUGCUGCCCAAGAAAACGAAACUGGUCGCUUGGGUCAUCAGCAAUUGGAAUGAAGACCAUGCACGGGUUAAAUAUUACAACAAGCUCAAGAACUACGUGAGCAUUGAUGUAUAUGGAAAAUUUGGCUUGGAUCUUAAAAAUAACAACGUUGUUCUGACAGUGUUGCCAUAUAAGUUUUAUCUGUCUUUCGAAAAUUCCCAACACGUGGAUUACAUAACCGAAAAACUUUGGAAAAAUGCUUUUUUAUCCAGCGCUGUGCCCGUGGUGUUGGGACCCAGCAGAACCAAUUAUGAACAGUACAUACCGGCGGAUUCUUUUAUCCAUGUAAAUGACUUUUCGAGUCCAGGAAAACUGGCCGAGUAUUUGAUGUAUUUGGAUAAGAAUAGUGGAAGCUAUAAAAAAUAUUUCGAGUGGAAAAAGGGCUACAAUGUGCAUCUGACAAAGUUUUGGGAUGAGCAGUAUUGCAAAGUAUGCGAGGCUAUCCAGAAUGCGGGGAGGCAACACAAGACUAUCUCAAAUCUGGAUACUUGGUUUCAGUGAUUGAAGUCUACUUUUGUUUUAAAAAAAGAUGAGGUGGUGGAAGAAUACUCUUAAUUGUGAAGAUUGGGAAUCGGUUGCAUCAUUGCAUAAAGAUCAAGGUGGAACGGUGGAUGCAAACAUUUGUUUGCAAAGACCAUAAUUGGUCAAGUUUCUAAACGAUCUAUUUAUUGGCUGUAAUAUUGAAGUACCGUUUAUUUUGAUUCAAGCAAGUUAAGGCCCAUCUCCAUAAAAUAAUCUUGAACUGGUUGCUAAAAAAAUAACUGCAAAUUUUUGACUUCCUAGCAAAGGUACAACAUUAUUAAUUUACAUUAACGUCCAUAAAAUAAACUCGCACCAGCUAACAGUGCAGGGAAAAUUAUCUGCAUUUUUUUUUUUACAGCUCCAUCCGCCUUAUGUCCUGUUUGGGGCAGUGCAUACACACGUUGUUGAUAUUUUGUUGCAGCCCACUGCUGCCAGUUAGAAAACCUGGAAGCGUUUCUGGAUUUCACCAACAAUUAGGACGUUAUUCUGGAAUAAGACUGGGGAAAUUUGCAUUACAUUACAAUUUCUCAAUGUAGAUAUUUGUGUCAUAAAAAUGCUGCUUUAACAGUGUACUCCAUUAUUAAUUUAUAAAAUAGUAACUCAUGAAUUAUGAAACUGCACCAAGCAAAAUGCAGGAUUAUUUGUGCCACAAGCUUUAUCCAGUUAAUCUCUCCUUCUUAUGACUCUUCAUUGAAAUUACUGGACAUUGUGCAAUUGAUAGAUUUAAAUCAUUAUUAGACACAAAAUGCUGGAGUAAUUCAGCGGGACAGGCAGCAUAUCUGAAGAAGGGUCUCGACCCGAAACGUCACCCAUUCCUUCGCUCCAGAGAUGCUGCCUGUCCCGAUGAGUUACUACAGCAUUUUGUGUCUAUCUUCGAUUUAAACGAGCAUCUGCAGUUCUUUCUUACACAUUAUUAGUAAUGAUUCUAGUUUCAGCCACAUACAGGUGAGAAAUAGUAUUAUUAAGGAUCAUGUUAAAUAUGUAAUUUUGCUUGCCUUAUUAAGAUUAGCAGAACAACCAAAGGAUACACUAUUUUAGUAUUACUAUCAAUGAUUAAGUGUAGCAUAGCUUUCCAUUGUGAAAAUUAUUGUCUACCAACAUAUGCAGGAAUGUGGAUGGCAAGAUUGGCCUUGUUCAACUCUAAUUAUAUAUUUAAACUUUACGUUCCCCAAUCAUUCAUGUAAAAUGAGCAGUAUGUUAGUUUAUUUGGCCUUAUCACUGCCCAGUGCUUAAAAAAUAAUCAUACUCCGUUCCAAUUCGUAAACUAUGAUCUUUUUUUUGUACCUGCUAAAUUAUAUUUCUUUGUUAUUUUAUUACAAUAGCAAAUGCAUUGCCAUCUCAUGUUGUGAACAGCAUUGCAGUUCACUUUGGAUGAAGUAACCUGAGAAAGUUACUAGGAAAGCACUUUCAGAUGUAUGUUUUAUUUAUGAUAAUUGCCCUGAACAAGUAUUUUAAGUAAUUAGCAUUCAGAUCCAAUUUUAUUCCAAGUAUAAACACUUACUAUUAACAUUAUUUAAUGAGAAGGUUAUCAAGCAUCAAUCUUCAGGGAUGUGCAAUAUGGGGUAUGUUUGUGAUAAUUGUGACUUGAUUCCAAUGCAACAUGUUUUUUUUCCAGUGGGAUGUCAUUUGAACAUAAAUUUACAAACUCACAUGUUUGGCGUAUUUUCAAAUAGGAAGGAGAUCAUAGAUAUUCCAUAUAAAGAUGUUUUAAAAUCAACUCUCAAUAGAGGAGAGUUUAGUGGUUUGCUUUUACAAUUCCUACCGUUCUUAUAAUGAAAGAAAUGUUGCCUUUUUAUUGAUACAAGAUAGCUUUCAUUUUUUUGGGAAGAAGUAAAACCUGAGACUCUAAGCCGUUCUGAAAGAAGUUUUUAUUUUAUUCUUGGUGGUGCAUGCAAUAAAAAUAGCAAACAAUAAUGCUAGUUGAAUUUUGUAAGUGAAAUCAUGACUGACUACUUGAGCAUUCUAAAUACUAGGUGUAUUUUGUUACAGUCAUUAUUAAAAGCCAAAUGAACAGCUGGCCUGGUAUAUGAAGCACAGACAGGAAAUUUGAAAGGAAACCACCGUGAAAAUAUAUGUGAUCAGAGUUAUCUCACUGCAAAUGCUACUGUAUUUCUGUUAUACUGAAUGGAAUAAUAUGUUAUUAAUUUAUACAUAAUAUUAUUUAACCUAAUUGUGGCACCUAACAAAACUGCCAGCAGGUCUUACAGUGUUUGUUAUGGUAUAUGGAAUGCUAUGGAAAAUAAUAUUUACAUGUCUCAAACAAAAUUAUUAGUUCAGCAGGAUUAAUAUUGAGAAUGUAACCAAAAAAUGAAUGGCAGUAGCUGUGAAACUGCCUGGUUAAUUUAGAAAAAAAUAUCUAUUAAAAAUUUAACUGAAGAACCUAGGUAUUUCUUGGUUUACUCUAGACCUGUUGUAUUGUCUAAGUGGAGGUUGUACAUUCAGUGAUUGGAAGGUUUUCUUUGGGAUCUCCCACAUCCCCAAAGAUGCAGUGGGUAAUUAAUGGAAAGAGAAUCGAAGUGGAGUUGGUGAUCUAGUGUUAGCAAGUAUACGUUACAGGAGUAAAGGUAGAUGAGAGGGGGAAUGUCUUAAUGGGAUUGUGUCUUUGUGAAUCGGUAUGGAACUGAAACGCCAAAUUAUCUUCUGUGUCACUAUAAGAUACUUCAAUGUCAGAAUUUGUACUUUUAUACUUUCAAAUAUGAAAUAAAAAUAUGACAUUGGAUUUUUCUAGUUUUAUUUGUUUUGUCUAAACAUUAGUUUUUAACUAAUCUUGAGUUGUACUAAUUUGUGAUCCACAAGUUGCACAUUGUGCUGAUUUAUGUGGUGGAUGUGCUUUAGUGCAUAAGGAUAAAAGAGAGACUAAUGCCCCUGUCCCACUUAGGAAACCUGAACGGAAACCUCUGGAGACUUUGCGCCCCACCCAAGGUUUUUGUGUGGUUUCCGGAGGUUGCAGGUGGU